AGGUUCAUGGAGUAGAGAGGAAUAUAGAGAAAGGGAGAAAAAGAAAAGACUUGGUCCAUGGAGCUGCAAUUUGAUACAAAGACAUGCAUUUCCCUUGCAGUGCUUGGUUUCAUUGGAUUGUUACAACUCUUGUAUAAUGCGCUGGUGGCGAAGCCAAGGAGGCUUAGAUCUUUGCUAAGCAAGCAAGGCAUCAGCGGACCACCACCAAGUUUACUACUCGGAAAUGCUAUGGAGAUGAAGUUGGGCCAAUCCACCGCAGUGAAGGCUCACACCGGCGAACCCCCUGUCUCCCAUAAUUGUGCUGCUUCUCUCUUUGGCUUCUUUGAUAAAUGGAGGAAGCAAUAUGGUGAACUAUUUACCUGUUCUCUUGGGAACUCACAAAUAUUAUUCGUGACCCAACCUGACAUAGUGAGGGAGAUAACCACAUGCACAUCCUUCGACUUGGGAAAGGCAUCAUAUCAACACCAAGUGCUUGGACCAUUGCUCGGACAGGGCAUUUUAACUUCAAAUGGGGCUGUCUGGGCACAUCAGAGGAAAAUCCUUGCACCUGAAUUAUACAUGGAGAAGGUUAAGGGAAUGGUGAACAUAAUUACCGAGUCUGCAAUCACAGUGGUAGACUCAUGGAAGAGUAUGAUUGAGACACAGGGUGGAACUGCAGACAUAAAAAUCGAUCAGUAUAUGAGAAGUUUCUCUGGAGAUGUUAUCUCGAAAGCCUGUUUUAGCAGCAACUAUUCCAAAGGGGAAGAGAUUUUCUUAAAGCUGAGACUUCUCCAGGAGGCCAUGUCCAAGUAUGGUAUAAGUAUAGCGGGUCAGCUCCCUGCUAUGAGAUAUCUCCCCACAAAAGGCAAUAGGGAAAAAUGGGCGUUAGAAAAGGAGAUCCGCAAUUUGAUACUAGAGGUAGUGAAGGAGAGAACAACAGUUGAUGCUAAUGAGAAAGAUUUAUUACAAAUGGUUCUUGAGGGCGCCCGGGAUAGUAACUUGAGCCAGGAGGAAACAGACCGCUUCAUCGUUGACAACUGCAAGAACAUAUAUUUGGCUGGGUUUGAGACCACUGCAGUUUCUGCCACAUGGUGCCUCAUGUUGUUGGCUUCAAAUCAAGAAUGGCAAGAACGUGUUCGUGCCGAGGCUCUCAGUGUUUGUGGAGGUGGUAUUCCUAAUGCUGAUACGAUUCGUAAGAUGAAACAGCUAACGAUGGUGAUUAAUGAAUCAUUGCGACUUUACCCUCCAGUAACAAUUAUGUCAAGGGAGGUCUUCAAUGACAUGAAAUUCGGGGACAUUACUGUCCCAAAAGGUGUUAACAUCUGGACCAUGGUGUGUACAUUGCAUACUGAUCCGGACAUAUGGGGACCAGAUGCUUUCAAGUUCAACCCAGAUAGAUUUGAAAAUGGAAUUACAGGUGCUUGCAAGCUUCCACACCUGUACAUGCCAUUUGGAGUUGGGCCUCGAGUGUGUCUUGGACAGAACUUGGCUACGGUUGAACUCAAGAUACUUCUCUCUCUCAUUUUGUCCAACUUCGCCUUUUCUCUCUCUCCCAAAUACACCCAUGGACCUGUUCUCAGGUUGGUUCUAGAGCCUGAGCAUGGGGUAGAUCUCUUGGUGAGGAAGUUGUGAGCCAUGAAUUGUGUUUGGGUUGGUCAAAUAAUAAAGUAAAUAAAUAAUAUAUACCUGUUUUAUUUUGUGUAUUAACUUCUCAUGGGACAAUAGGCUUGAAAUAAUG